CAUGGAUGCCGAGUACAGUUGCGGAUGUUAGCUGACAGACCCCACUCACCACAUGUUCACCCGACAAAUGAAGAAUUAUCACAUACACCUGGAUCUGUCAGAAUUUGUCGAAUCUGUAAAGGGUGACAACUGAAGCAACGAUGUCCACAAGCCUUGCGUUUUUCUACUUGCUUGCAGCACAUAUUACCAUUUCUGUUAAGGCAGAUGCACCAUUCUGCAGUAGGCUACACCAUGUUAGCUACUUUUAUGCGUACUGCUACCAAGAGAGCAUAUAUACAAGAUGUAAGAACACUUGUGGCGAAUUGUUGCUGGACAAAAAAUAUGUGCUAGCCGGUUGCCCCUGGGGAAACAACGCUAACAUUUUAUCCCAAUCUCUGGACCAACGUUGUCGGGAAAAAAUAACGUCAUCCAACUGUUUCGAAUACUGUGUGAGCCCGCUGAUGGACAAAAUCAAGAUAGGCUGGGAAUGCUGUAAAGACUGUGUCAGGGUAUGCGGCAAGAUGCCCCCACGGGAUAUUAACUUCCAACAGAGAUAUCCCACCGUCUAUCCAAAGAAAUAGAGCAGUAUUCAAUGUUGUGAAAUUUUCAUCAUUAUUUUACUAAUUUAGACGAGUUUUAAGAACUGUGAUGACUUAAGUUUUUUUCUGAUAAAAAGAAUGAAGGAAUGUUAUAAUUCAAAUGUUAUUGACUCAAUAAAGUAUUCAUUUCAGCCAAA